CUAUCGCUCUCUCUUGCUGGUGGAGGAAGGUGAGGUGCGGUGCUUCCACUAUACGACGACACAGAGAUAAACUAGAAGAAAGCCUACAGAGAUCUGAGCCAGAUUCUACUCAGAAAAUCUCUCCGUCACCAUCUCGCGACACUCCGGUGUACCGGAAUCUAAUUCUGGAACCGACAUUGCUUCCUUCAACGCCUGCAAGCAGAUUCCGAUUCUGCUUCGAGUAGAUUUCGCGACUUUUGGAGUUGAUUCAGGAUCCGUAUGAUAUGCACAUUGAUUCUAACUAUAAACAGCAGCAACAUUCUAUAAAUGAAGAGAUUUUAUGGAGGGCUUCUUGUUGCAUCAAUGUGUAUGUUCUUCACGGUGUACAGAUACAUCGACUUGAAGCCUCCCGUUGAGAAGCCUUACAUCACUGCCACUGUUCUCACUCCCAACACCACUCUCCCUCUCGAAUGGCUUCGAAUCACCGUCCCUGACUUCAUGAACGAAGCUAGGAACACUCAAGAAGCGUUGUCUGGAGAUGAGAUUGUCACUGUCUCGACUCUAUUCGUUGAGCAGAACGUCUCCAAGGAAGAGAGAGAGCCUCUGCUUACGUGGAACCGUCUCCAAAGCUUGGUUGAUAACGCUCAGAGCUUAGCGAACGGAGUUGAUGCUAUUAAGGAAGCUGGCAUUGUUUGGGAGAGUCUUCUCUCAGCUGUUGUUGAAGCCAAGAAGCUUGCUGAUGCUAACGUGAACCAAACGAAGAAAGAAAAAGAGGAGCUUUGUCCUCAGUUUCUUAGUAAAAUGAAUGCUACCGAAGAUGAUGGAACUAGUCUCAAGUUGAAGAUCCCUUGCGGUUUGACUCAAGGCUCCUCUAUCACAGUCAUUGGCAUCCCUGAUGGUCUUGUUGGUAGCUUCAGGAUUGAUCUAACGGGACAACCGCUUCCAGGGGAGCCUGAUCCGCCCAUUAUUGUGCAUUACAACGUUAGGCUCCUUGGAGACAAGUGGACUGAAGAUCCUGUCAUUGUCCAAAACAGCUGGACGGUGGCUCGUGACUGGGGCGUUGAGGAGCGGUGUCCAAAUUAUGAUCCUGAUUUGAAUAAGAAAGUUGAUGACUUGGAUCAAUGCGACAAGGUGGUGGGUAGAGAAGUCAACCGAACUUCUUCCACUAGCUUGCAGUCCAACACUACAAGAGGGGUUGCAGCAUCUAAACAUGAAAAAUAUUUUCCUUUUAAGCAAGGUUUCUUAUCGGUUGCUACGCUUAGGGUGGGAACUGAAGGAAUGCAGAUGACAGUUGAUGGCAAACAUAUAACCUCAUUCGCUUUCCGUGAUACACUGGAGCCAUGGCUUGUUAGUGAAGUACGGAUUGCAGGUGAUUUGAAGUUACUAUCCAUUCUCGCUAGCGGUUUACCCACAUCAGAAGAAUCAGAGCAUGUUGUUGAUCUAGAGGCACUGAAGGCACCUCCCCUUUCACCAUUAAGGCCAUUAGAUCUUGUCAUUGGCGUUUUCUCCACAGCAAACAAUUUUAAACGACGGAUGGCUGUGAGAAGAACUUGGAUGCAGUAUGAUGAUGUAAGAUCUGGAAGGGUUGCAGUACGCUUUUUUGUUGGCCUUCACAAGAGUCCUAUUGUUAACUUGGAACUAUGGAACGAGGCUCGGACUUACGGUGACGUUCAGCUAAUGCCCUUUGUUGAUUACUACAGUCUCAUCAGUUGGAAAACACUAGCAAUCUGCAUCUUCGGGACAGAAGUUGACUCAGCCAAGUUCAUCAUGAAAACGGAUGAUGAUGCCUUUGUUCGUGUUGAUGAAGUAUUACUUUCUUUGUCAUUGAUCAACAACACUCGCGGGUUAAUAUAUGGACUGAUCAAUUCUGACUCUCAACCAAUCCGAAACCCUGCUAGCAAAUGGUACAUCAGUUAUGAGGAAUGGCCAGAAGAGAAAUAUCCACCAUGGGCGCAUGGUCCAGGCUACAUUGUGUCCCGGGACAUAGCAGAAUCGGUGAGCAAGCUUUUCAAAGAAGGAAAUCUAAAGAUGUUCAAGCUAGAAGACGUGGCGAUGGGUAUAUGGAUCGCUGACCUAAGGAAACAGGGACUCGAGCCUCAUUACGAAAAUGAUGGAAGGAUCAUUAGUGAGGGAUGCAAAGACGGUUAUGUGGUUGCUCAUUACCAAAGCCCUGCUGAAAUGACUUGCCUCUGGCGUAAAUACCAAGAAACCAAACGGUCUCUUUGCUGCCGCGGUUGGUAAAACGAACAUUAUUCACGUCUGCGUUCACAGGUACAGAAAGAGAAUGUGGUUUUGUCAGUUAAUUCUUUGUUGUAAAACAUCUGAUUUGGUUUGUUAGUACAAAGUAGAUUAGAAGAUAUGUAGUUUAGUUUUAGUUGUAUAUCUAAAUUUUCUUUUGAUCUCUUUUAUUCGACGGGUGGUGUAGAGACGUAGGAGAAGCAUAUUAUACUUGUAUAUUUUCACAUCAUCUCGAAAAAAUCAAUUGUUAUUG